GUACGCGGCAACUCUGUAAGCGCGCGCUCUUCGUCUCCGUGGGGAGGCGGUUUCUGAGACGAAGCUCUGCUUCCAUCGGCCGGCGAGUCGGAGGCAUGAAUUGGAUAUUUUCUUUGACGUAUUGUUCUGAUCGUUCGAAAUUGAUCGCGUUUCCGGUUUGCUCUAAUAAUUCGCUUCAUUCUUCGGAUUCUCGGAAUUGGAAGACGAAGACACGGGGAUGGCAAAAUUAUCUGCUACAUUGAGACUAUUUGAUGCACAUUGUCACCUCCAAGAUCCAAGAAUAUUUGACAAAGCACCUCAAUUAAUUAGCACAGCAGUGGACUCUGGUGUUGUUCGUUUUGCUGUUAAUGGAAUCUCUGAGAAAGACUGGCAUUUGGUCAAGCAACUGAGUGAAUUACAUCCUUGCAUAGUUCCAUCGUUCGGUCUUCAUCCUUGGUAUGUUCCUGAAAGAACUCCCGGCUGGCUUGAAAAACUUAAGGAAUUUUUUGAAGCAGUGCCAAACGCAGCGGUUGGAGAGAUUGGUCUGGACAAAGGUUCACGAGGAAGGGAGAUCAGUUUUACAGAUCAGGUUGAGGUCUUUCAGCAACAACUUGAACUUGCUAAGUCUUUAGAAAAACCAGCAUCCAUCCAUUGUGUUCGUGCUUUUGGUGAUCUCCUUCAGAUAAUGAAAUCUAUGGGACCUUUUCCUGCUGGUUUCAUUCUGCAUUCUUAUCUAGGAUCUGCUCAGAUGGUUCCUGAGUUCUCCAAGCUAGGUGGUUACUUUUCAUUUUCCGGUUUUCUCAUGUCCAUGGAUGCAAAGAAGGCAAAGAAAAUGCUGAAAAUGGUGCCCUCGGAUAGAAUUUUGUUGGAGACUGAUGCACCUGAUGCACUUCCCAAGUUAAAGUUAGACUCUAUCUAUUUUGUUGAAGGCGAUCCUUCCCUUCCUGAAGGUCUCAAGACCGGAGAACAAUCUGCCUCAACAGGCUCAGAACAAAGUACUUUGCCUUCUUCUACAGAUGCAUCAACACUGCCAAAAGAGACUCUCAAUCAUCCAGCAAACAUCCAAAAUGUCCUAGUUUAUGUGGCAUCUUUGUUGGAAAUCAGUAAAGAAGAACUUGCUGAAUUGAGUUACAGAAAUGCGGAACAUUUAUUCUCUUUCAAAGGUCUACAAACUUCUUAGUGAACAGUCCGAAUAUUUAGGUGAUGUUUAUAAUAACUCGAUAUAAUUCCCUCUAUUUUUCUCAAUUCUCUGACAUGUAUCUUACCAUAUAGCAAUGAACUCUUCUUGUGUGGAAUGAAAGUAAUAGGUGAUACCUUUACAGUACUUGUAUUCGGUAUUGUGUACCAAGAACAUCUAGAACCAUCAAACGAUGGGCAAUGCUGGACACAUGACAUUUCAGAGGGACAUUGCAUUAAAGCUGCUAGAACCAGUUCAAUCUUGGAACUGUAAGGUCAUAAGAUGAACAAAGAUAUGAGCAGAAGCCAGUCAUACUCCCCAUUAUAGUACUUUGUCUCGUUUGUAAAUUGGUUCGAUUUCUUCGGUUGGCAUCUUACUUUUGCGGCACUGGGAGUAUCGAAGAACAUUUCGCACUGCCUGUGUUUUUUCAACAAUCCGAUUGGACUUGAAGGUAUGCGAUUUCUCUUUUGCAGACAUCUUGGUCUUUUUUUUUCCGGAUGAAGGAGAUCCCUUUAUUUUCUUUUUGUGUCUUAACCAUAGUAGAGACGAUAUUGAUAAUCUUAUAGUUUAUAUGCUAA